AUGACGACUCUUUUCUCAUCCAUCGCAAUCUCACACGAUCAGCAAUCGUCCACCGCUUCCCCGUUUAGCGCACCAAGCACCUCUUCAGAACACAGCAGCUUGGUUGACACGCUUGCGUCGAAGCUCAUACGCGUGGCAAACAAGUUCUAUCUCCGCGAUAACGCCGCCAGCGCCGAGCAGCAGCAGCAGGCAUGGGAAACGCCCUUGCACUCGCGCGACCUCGGGAGCUCGAUUGAUUCGGACGACAAUGGACGGCAGAAACGACUCGAGGUUGCGUAUGCGUUGCAGGAGCACGCUACAUCUUACGACGAGUGGGCUAGGGCGUCGCAGGAGCUCGAUUACUUGCUCGGUUACGAUACGUGGAAAAUGGACCCGGUCUCGGACGAGUAUGAUUACAAGCUUCUGAUGCAGAAAGUACACGAGCUGCGCACUUUGAGGCAGAAAGGGGAUUAUCUUAAGCUGUUGUUUUUUCUGAGAACAACCUUGACGAGAAAUCCCGCCAAUAUUGGAAACCCAAAGCUCUAUACUCAUUCCCACAUUGGCACAAAAUAUCUGAUUGACGACUACAUAACUGAAUGUGAAGAAUCCCUCCAAACUGUCCUGAACUGUCCCAUCCCUGCCGGCAUGCAAGGUGACGACGUCACCUACGUCGACGAGAGCAGAAAGCUCGAUGAACUACUACGAACCCGCCACGCGUUUGGUCGCACGGCACUCUUGCUCUCCGGCGGUGGAACUUUGGGAAUGUUACACUCUGGGGUUCUGGAAGCCUUGCACAAGUGUGGUCUACUUCCGAAAAUUAUAUCCGGCUCAUCCGCGGGGGCUAUCGUGGCCGCCGCGCUCUGUACGCGAAGUGAUCAGGAACUCCCCGAGCUCCUGUCGAAUUUCCAGUACUUCAACCUCGACGUCUUUGAAGAGACCGGCAACGAAGAGUCCGUGUGGACCCGCAUUGCGCGGUUUCUGAAGCACGGCGCGUGGACGGAUAUUUCGUACCUCGUGAGCUCGAUGCAGGAAGUUUUGGGCCAGCUGACUUUCCAAGAGGCGUACAAUCGUACGAGGAGGGUGUUGAAUAUUCCUGUUUCGAGCGCUACAGUGUAUGAGCCACCGCGACUGCUCAAUUACUUGACCGCUCCUAACGUGUUUAUCUGGUCUGCUGUAUGUGCAUCGUGCUCGGUCCCGUUUGUCUUCCUCUCCCACACGCUCAUGGCAAAAGACCCGCGCACCAGCCAACCCGUACCAUGGAAUCCCACCGCGCAGCGCUGGAUCGACGGCUCAGUCGACAACGAUCUUCCAAUGUCGCGACUUAACGAGAUGUUCAACGUCAACCACUUUAUCGUCUCCCAAGUCAACCCGCACAUCGUCCCUUUCCUAAAGCCAUACGAUGGCGUCUCGCCUGAUUUAUCAGCGUCUACCGAAGAAAGCAAGGCGGAGGCCUCUUCGUCAUCUGCCAGUCCGCAAAAGUCGACGAGUCAAACGCGGAAAGUGGCGACCGGAAUCGUCGGAAAUUUCCUGGCAAAGUCGUGCGCGAUCAGCGACUCGCUAAUCAAUCUUGCCGUCACGGAAACAAUGCACAGGCUCGAGAUGACAUCGGAGAUUGGCAUCCUGCCAAACCUGUGCACGAAGCUGCGCUCGGUGCUUGCGCAGACGUACUCGGGCGACAUCACAAUCAUGCCGCAGAUCUAUGUCUCGGAGCUCAACCGGAUCCUGAAGAACCCGACGCCCGAGUUCUUGCUCGACGCGAAGAUUCGCGGACACAAAGCUACCUGGCCGAAGAUUUCGAUAAUCCGGAAUCACUGCGCGAUCGAGCUCGCGCUGGACUCGGCAAUUAUCGAUCUGCGGUCGCGCACGAUUAUGAACUCGAUGGUCGUCGGCGCCAAGAAGCUUUCGUCGCCCUAUCUGCUGGCAGAGAGGCAGCGCAGUAGCAGUUUCUAUAAAAACAAGAGCCGGCGGUCGUAUGACGCCCAUGGGAGAGCAGGCACGCCUGUUUCGGAAGGAUUCAGCAAGUCGCUGUCGGAGCCGGCGACUGUUGUCAGAGAAGCAUCGACGACGUCUGGGGUAAAAAUCGUCUUGGCAGACGAAAGUAGCGGUGCUAAGCAGGCGCCUUCGAGCUCUAGUGAGGCGUCGAGGGUUGAGGCUGAUGAGAUGACGCUGAUUAGCAGGACAGAUGAUGAUGUCAACAUCAACCUGGACGACGACGAAGACGAAGAUGACGAGGGCGGAUACAUGAUGGGUGUUUAUCCAGAGGACACCGAUUUUGAUAUUGGCAGCCCGGUGGAGACAAAGAAUCUGACCGACCCAUUUCUCGAGGCUCGCUCAGCACCAAUGUCACCGUCCGCAUCAUCUUCAUCGUCGUCCUCGUCGUCGACAGUUAACCGCCGGAACCGCCGCUCAGCAAGCUUGCUACAGCAGCCUACGACUUUUGCCAUCGGCGUCUCACCCCCGGGAACCCCAAGAGCUCACCGUCGCCGAACGAGCGGCGACGGCUACUUUUACAAUUACUUCAACUACUCGACCUCUCGGAUCCCGAGCUACGGGUACCAGCAGCAGAACUUCCAGGCGCUUACUCGCCAGAUGAGCAAAUCCCAGCCGUCGACGCCUAGUUCGCGAAACCUACUCUCGCGGCAGGCAAGCGCGUUGAAUAUCCACGAGGUGCAUGACUCGUCGUCGUCGCGGAUUGGAAAGGGCAAGAAACCGCAGACGCAGAAUAAUACGUCGUCCCGGCGCGUGUCGUUCGACUUGGCGGCCCCGUCAUCUGCGGAUUUGAGGAACAGGACACAGUCGCUAGGGUCGAGUCCCAAGCUACAGAUGGUGUCGUUGUCGGGUCCGUCGUCUGGCAUGACGCAGCAUCAGCGACAGCUGCAGUCUGCGCUACAGCUGAUGCCGCAGUUCCAGGGUCUGCCGCCGAGCGUGGACGCGGAUUAUGAUGGGGAUGAGAUCGCGACGUUGAGUACGCAAAGCGGGCGGCAUAGACAGGUGGAGCACCAUAUGAGUGCAGCGAAUGACUCUGACGAUAGCUCGUCGGAGGCGGGGUCGAAUCAGCAGCGGUACUGGCCACUGCAGUAUGAUCAAGUCGCGGCUACGACUGUCAGACCUGGCGCGUCCCAGUCGCAGCGGGGUCAGCGGGUUCGGCGGCCGCCUAUAAUGCGAUCGAUGUCUACGCCGUCUGGUCGCAAGUCGUGA